AUGGUCGACGAUUGGUCCAGCGCAGCCCACCAUGACCCCAUGCGCGCCUACCGCGCGCGGCGCGACGCCGCCCACCGUACCGUCGUCUCCAAGUACGACAUACUCGGCUUUAUCUCCUCCGGCACGUACGGCCGCGUCUACAAGGCCAAGAGCAGGGACGACGACGGCAAGCUCCACGCGAUCAAGAAGUUCAAGCCGGACAAGGAGGGCGACGUCGUCGCCUACACUGGGAUCAGCCAGAGCGCGAUCAGAGAGAUCGCGCUCAACCGAGAAAUAUCGCAUGAGAACGUCGUGGCACUUAAGGAGGUCAUACUCGAGGACAAGUCCAUCUACAUGGUCUUUGAAUACGCUGAGCACGAUUUCCUCCAACUCAUACACCACUACACCCAAUCCAUUCGCGGUCACCAAAUCCCGACCGCGGUCCUCAAAUCCCUGAUAUACCAGCUCUUCAACGGCCUCCUCUAUCUCCACGAGUCCCACAUCCUCCACCGCGACCUCAAACCGGCGAACAUCCUCAUCACCUCCGCGGGCGUCGUCAAAAUAGGCGACCUCGGGCUCGCGCGUCUGACGUACCAGCCGCUCCAGCCGCUCUUCGCCGGGGACAAGGUCGUCGUCACGAUCUGGUACCGCGCGCCGGAGCUGCUCAUGGGCGCGAAGCACUACCACAAGGCCGUCGACUGCUGGGCUGUGGGCUGCGUCAUCGCGGAGCUGGCCAGUCUGCGGCCUAUCUUCAAGGGAGAGGAGGCGAAGCUCGACUCAAAGAAGAACGUGCCCUUUCAGAAGGACCAACUGCUGAAGAUAUUGGAGGUGCUGGGCACGCCAGAUGAAAGAGAGUGGCCGGACAUCAAGCACAUGCCGGAAUACGCAAACAUGAAGCGUCUGGACUCUUACACCCCGCACAUCUUCGAUUGGUGCAGGAGCCGGCCGCAGAUCAACUCGAGCGCCGGCUACGAUCUCCUGAAGCGCCUCUUCGCGUGGGACCCGGACCAGCGGAUCACCGCCAAGGAGGCCCUCCUGCACAAGUGGUUCCAGGACGAGCCCCGGCCGACGAGCAACGCGUUCCAGACGAUCUCGCCGUCGCAGAUGCCGCCACACCGUCGCAUCACGCAAGACGACGCGCCGUCGAUGGUGCCCGCGCAGGCGUCGCAGCAGGCCGCACAAGCCCAGAUGCAGGCCCAGUUCUCGCAGCAGCCGCACCUCCACAGCCACACGCAGGGCAGCGCGGGGAGCUUCGCGAGCCUGAGCGCUGGCGCCGUCGGCGUGCUGGGCGGUGCUGGGAUGCACGGCGGACAUGCGCGGAAGAAGGCGCGGCUGGGGUAG